AUGUCCUAUAAACGCUCUCGCGCGACCUACGAGGCUGACCUUCACGCACCCUUUGCGACUUUUGGAACGCCGCUGCCUGACGACCCCGAAGCCCGAGAUGAUGGCUCCUUUGUGCCAAUUUGGAAGCAGGAGGUGAGGGAUGAGAGGGGUAGGAAACGACUUCACGGCGCAUUUACUGGAGGAUGGAGCGCAGGAUACUUCAACACGGUCGGGUCUAAAGAGGGUUGGACCCCUUCAACCUUUGUUUCCAGUCGCAGUAACCGCCGCAAAGAUGACGCUGCUCCCGCGCAACAGCGACCCGAAGAUUACAUGGACGAGGAGGAUCUUGCUGAUGCCGCCGAAGCUCAGAAGCUCCAGACCUCACAGGCCUUUGCUGGUCUUGGAUCUUCCGGGCAAGAAGCUGGCAGUGGAGGCUUGAUGGGACUACUCAGAGCUGAUGGCGAUACCAUGGGCUUGAAGCUGCUUCGGAAGAUGGGCUGGAGGGAUGGCCAAGGCAUUGGCCCCAAGAUUCGAAGAAGCGCCCGGCUCGACCUUGGCGGAAGCUCCGAAGCUGGCGAAACACAUUUAUUCGCCCCCGACAACACAAAGAUGAUUCAGUUUAUACGCAAAACCGACCGAAAGGGCCUGGGCCAUGAGGGGGAAGCCAAAUUGACGGGCCUCAGCAAAAUUACAGCUGCAGCAGACGAUGACGAUGACGACGAGGAACCCCAAAGCGGCGAUUUACGAAGUACAUAUCUAAUUUCUACGGGUAGACAAAAACCCAAGCCUGGACGCGGCGGUAUCGGGGUGGGCAUUCUAAACGAUAAUGGCUCUGAUGAAGAGGAUCCAUAUGAAAUUGGACCCAAGAUUCGGUACAACCGCGUCAUUGGAGGCGACAAGAAGAAGAAAAAGGCCAAAAAGGUGGCAGCUCCUGUCAAUCCAGCCUUGAAGAAUGCGCCGGUGUUUGUCUCCAGGACUGCCCGAGCCGGCAAUGGCCUUCGUCGUUGUCACGAUGGGCGUUUACCUCUGGAUGGUUUUGUUCUCGCCAAGAUUACCGAGGAUCUGGCUGACCUCUUGUUGGAAUAUGCACCGCCUCCUGUUCCAGAGGGAUGGGUAUCUUCCAAGGCGCCGACAAACCAAGCAACAUCUACAACAUACACGUCAACGGCGGACGCAGCCAAAGCAUCUACACACGAUGCCAAGUCAAGAGCAGCGCUUCUCGGGGAGAAGGCUCUUCCUGGAAAAUCCGUGUUUGACUUCAUCUCUAGUUCGGCGCGCGACAAACUGGCUGCUGCGUCAGGAAGAAAAGAUCUCCCUCCCGGGCUUGGCGAGGUGCCAGAAGGUUUCGCCAUGACGGAGGAGGAAAAGCAACAGGCGCUGUGGGACGAAGCACCCAAGCUGGAUCGUGAAACAGCCGUUGCAGCAAUAUCAAGAGGCUCAGCUGGGCCAUACGCAGACGACGAGGCGAAAAAGGCACGUUAUCGAACAUAUUUGGAACACUUUGCAACCGGGAACCAGCCGUUGCCGUACAAGCCCAAAGGAAUGGCGGACGAUGAUUUCGCGCGGGAACUAGCCGAGUUUUAUAACUGCGCUAGGAUUUUCAAGCCCAUGACGGGGUUCAUGGCAUCUCGCUUCACAACAGCGAAGAAACCAUCAGUCACUUCAACAGACGGGUCAACAGGGGCUGAGCUUCUGUCAAAGCCCGAGCCAAAAGCGGCUGACCCGGCAGAGGAGGCGGCCAAGGUUGGCAUGUAUGGUAAGCUGACUCGAACAGUCGAGGACUUUUACCCAACGAGACUGCUGUGUAAGCGGUUCAACGUCAAGGCACCGGCGAACUCUCGACUAGACAAGGAAGCGGAGACAAGUAACUCAAGAGGCCCAGGGCUGAUGGAAGAUACGGGAGGCAUGGCGGCCCCUGUUGGAGAGACCAAAUACAUCGAGAGCGCUCCAUCAACGACAGGAACAACGCCAACUCCCAAACCGGAGCCGGUUAUCAAUCCAGACAAGAAUGAGGCUUUGGAGGGAAAGACGGCUCAUGAUGAGGAAGCUGGUAUCGGACCAUCUGUGUCCUUGGAGUUUGAGAAGAAGACGCCGUCGAUCGCCUCAUCGACGACGCCCAGCACGCGCACAUCGUCAAUCCAUCAUCGCGAGCCGACACCCGAAGACCUCAAGACCCCCGAACAACCCGAGUCGCACAUUCUAUUGAGUCGCGAGCAGUCUCCGCCGCCGCAGUAUCCCGCCUCCGAGGCUUCUUCCUCGCGCCCUCCCCCCUUCUCGUCGCUCUUUACCUCACCACCGGACCACGCCCACCAGCGUCCCAGCAAGUUCACCACCUUCGUUGUCACUUCUCACUGCGAAGGAGAAGCUUCAGGUUCUGCCGCGCCAGCAUACGAGUCUUUUACCGCCCCGCGAGCAGCGCAGCCUUUUGACCCGGACCAGACCGCCAGUGCCUUUCGCGAUCCAGUCGCAGAGACCAAGCGCGCACUUCCCCAGGAUACCAAGGGGGAUUCCAGUCGCAAAGACGACGACGCAGAACCGCCGCCGGCUUAUUCGGAGGGAGACAGUCCCCUCCUCACAUUCUCGUACCUGAUGGCUGCCGCAGGAGGAGCUUCGAGUAUUAUUACUCAGGUGCAGCAGGGCGGGCCGCCUGUGAACACCAUUGGAGAUGUCGGUGCCGAUGAGACGAUUGCUAUGGACCUCAGGGGCACCAGGUUCUACCUCUCUAGAGAUGAGUUGCUCACUUUGCCCGAGUUUGUAUUGCUAUCCUUGUUCCCCAACGGACUCUUCCCUGAAGGACACAUGGGUGGUUUCUCGGAUGGUGAUGCCGUGCAAGUAGACUACGACCCUGCUUCUCUGCAGUAUAUGCUUGACUUCUUCCGGGAUGUGGCACAAUCGAUCCCCACAGACCCGUCACCAAGCGUGUCGCAGGAUGAAGAUGCGCCUUCUCUGGGGGCCUCGCGCGACGACUCUAAGCGAGCCGGCAUCAUUGUGCUCCGCGAGGACCUGGACUUUUACGCCAUCCCUCCGCGACCAGACAUUGGCCAGCUGGACAUGAUUGCGGUGAAGCGGGCCGCUGCAGAGGCUCUGCAGAAGCAGGACGGCAUCUUUUCCGGUUUGAAGCGAAGUGACGAGCCUGGUACCACCGAGGCCCAUCUUAUUGAGAUGUUGACGGCAGGCGGCUUCAACCACGACGACCGAUGGGGUCACCGCGCAGGCGAGCCCAACAAGGCCGUCAUCUGCAGUCUGGCGCUCGCCCGGCUGCGCAGCGACAUUCGCGGCAACGAGAUGGGCAACAACGCCGUAGGCAUGGCGCAAAAGCUCCUCCUCUUCUGGCGCAAGCCCGCACGACGAUGCUGGUGGGAAGGCGUCGAGCUCGAAAACGUCGAAGGUGUCGAAGGCAAGCUCAAGGUCUGGAUCCGAAGAGUAUGGACCCUCGAGAUGAGCGUUAUUGGCCUACGUUAG